AUGGACGCUCUGUCAUGGAGGCUCCAGGUCUGGAGGUCCCUAUGUGCAAGAAAAUGCUGUUGGUAUUGUGGAGGACAGAAGGAGGUGGAGGACAGAGAGGAAAAAUCAGAUGUGGUUAGAGAAAGAUGGACAGAGAGAAAUGAGGAAAUGGGAAUGCAAGAGAGGUCGUCAAGGACCUGGAGUGUGUCGUCCUUGCUUGAUACCCAGCUGGGAGAGUUGGACGGUGUGGAAACUCCUCAGCCGCAGUGGUUCCACACUCUGCAAGUGCGCCGACUCCGAUCGCAGAGGGGACGCAGCAACAGUGACCCACUGGGUGGCAAAGGCUUCCAGCAAGACUUCCAAUGGAAUACAGGUUUGCAGUUUGGAACGGCAACUUCAUACCUAAACUUGGAGAAACUAGGAGAGGGGGCGUAUGCUACAGUGUACAAAGGAAUAAGCAGGAUAAAUGGACACUUGGUGGCGCUAAAAGUAAUUCGAAUGAAGACUGAAGAAGGAGUUCCAUUUAAUGCAAUCAGAGAGGCCUCACUGUUAAAAGGCCUGAAACAUGCUAAUGUAGUUCUGCUCCAUGAUAUUAUUCACACUCGAGAGUCCCUAACGUUCGUCUUUGAGUACAUGCAAACAGACUUGGCGCAGUAUAUGUUAGAGCACCCAGGAGGACUGCACCCACACAAUGUUCGAAUCUUCAUGUUCCAGCUGUUGCGAGGUUUAUCAUAUAUCCACAACAGGAGGAUUUUGCACCGUGAUAUUAAACCUCAGAAUUUACUCAUCAGCUACCUGGGCGAGCUCAAACUUGCUGAUUUUGGCCUGGCACGAUCUAAGUCCAUCCCAUGCCAAACCUACUCAGCAGAAGUUGUGACUCUGUGGUACAGACCACCUGAUGUGCUUCUGGGAUCUACAGACUACUCUACAGCAGUGGAUGUCUGGGGUGCUGGCUGCAUUUUCAUUGAGAUGCUACAGGGGGCACCAGCAUUCCCUGGAGUGGCUGAUGUUUUCGAACAGUUGGUAAAGAUUUGGACAGUUCUCGGCGUGCCCACAGAAGAGACUUGGCCAGGAAUAUGCGAGCUGCCAAACUAUAAACCAGAAUGGUUCCUGCCUUACAAACCCCAGCAAUUCAGAGAUGUCUGGAAAAGAUUUGCACAGCUACCCUAUAAGACGGAAGACCUGGCCCAGCAGAUGUUGAUGAUGGUUCCCAAAGAUAGGAUCUUGGCCCAGGAUGCCCUGCAGCACCCCUACUUUAGCACGCUGCCACCACCAGUGAUGCAUCUGCGAGACACUGUAUCCAUCUUUAAGGUGCCUGGGGUAAGACUGGAGACGGAAGUUCAGGAUAUUUUCAGCUCCAACAGUCGGAUGAAAUCCUCCCUCGUUCCCCUGGGCAAAUGCUGGUGAUAGGCUUCCACGACCACACACAACUUUUCAUGAGCAGAAAGAAAACUCAAAAACACAUUACCAGGGAUCAAUUAUGGAAUUAUGCUGUGUUCUAUUGUUCCUAGAUCCUCAGAUAAAACUACUUCCGAUUCGGAAAUGGGUAAUUAAACACUGGCCUAACUUGGAAUGCAAGGCAAGAUCCACCUUGCCCAAGUUUGCCAAUGCAAACACAGCUUAUGUCACAGCGGAAAUAGCAGCACAUACACUAAACAGUAUAUAUUACACUCUUUCUGGCAGUCUUCACCUCUAGGAACAGGAUUGAUUUAUUGCUCUGUAAAAGCUGUAUUCUGUAAUCAAUGCAUCUGAAUAUAUGACUUGAGACAAGCAGCACUUUUGAUAUAGAGCACAAUUUACCACAGGGACAUUUUAAAAUAUUUUAGAUUAUUGCAGGUCAAAGU